UCCUUACUGAGGAGUUGGCAACACUGCCCCUGUUGGUUGACGUCUUGUUGGGUCGAGCUGUCAUCUUUGCUAGCCGCCGCAUUAGCCACUGUUUUGUUUUGUCAUGACAGGAGCGUGCAGUCCUCGUACAGAACAGGGCUGGUAAAGACAUCACUUCUUCAGGUGUCCACCUUUGGGGAGGAACAGAGGACAGAAAUCUGCGCGUGUCACAUUAAAGUGAGAUGAAAUGACAACGUCAACAUUACAGAAAGCCAUUGAUCUUGUCACUAAAGCCACAGAGGAGGACAAGGCGAAAAACUAUGAGGAGGCUCUGCGCCUGUACCAGCAUGCUGUGGAAUAUUUCCUACAUGCCAUAAAAUAUGAGGCCCACAGCGACAAGGCGAAGGAGAGUAUACGAGCAAAAUGUAUGCAGUACCUGGACAGAGCAGAGAAACUGAAGGACUAUCUGAAGAAUAAAGACAAACAGGGCAAGAAGCCUGUCAAAGAAGCACAGAGCAAUGACAAGAGUGACAGUGACAGUGAGGGUGAAAACCCAGAGAAGAAAAAACUGCAGGAGCAGCUUAUGGGUGCUAUUGUAAUGGAGAAACCCAAUGUGAGGUGGAAUGAUGUUGCUGGGCUGGAAGGAGCUAAGGAAGCUUUGAAGGAAGCAGUCAUCCUGCCCAUCAAAUUUCCUCACCUUUUCACAGGCAAACGGACCCCAUGGAGAGGCAUCCUGCUCUUCGGUCCUCCGGGAACAGGAAAGUCAUACCUGGCCAAGGCGGUGGCCACCGAGGCCAACAACUCCACCUUCUUCUCUGUCUCCUCCUCAGACCUCAUGUCGAAGUGGCUGGGAGAGAGUGAGAAGCUGGUGAAAAACCUGUUUGAUCUAGCUCGCCAGCACAAACCUUCAAUCAUCUUCAUCGACGAGGUGGACUCUCUGUGCGGCUCGAGGAACGAGAAUGAAAGCGAGGCUGCCCGCCGCAUCAAGACAGAGUUUCUGGUCCAGAUGCAGGGUGUCGGAAACAACAAUGAUGGCAUUCUGGUGCUCGGAGCCACCAACAUCCCCUGGGUGCUGGACGCCGCCAUCCGCAGAAGAUUUGAGAAGCGUAUCUACAUCCCUCUGCCAGAGGAGCCGGCUCGGGCUCAAAUGUUUCGCCUCCAUCUGGGCAACACGCCGCACAGCCUGAGCGAGGCCGACCUGCGGCAGCUCGCCCGCAAAACAGAAGGCUACUCCGGUGCCGACAUCAGCAUCAUCGUCCGGGAUGCUCUCAUGCAACCCGUUAGGAAGGUCCAAUCUGCCACACAUUUCAAAAAGGUCCGCGGUCCAUCCCGAAGCAACAACCAGGUGAUGGUGGAUGACCUCUUGACGCCAUGUUCCCCUGGCGAUCCUGGGGCCAUAGAGAUGACCUGGAUGGACGUGCCUAGUGAUAAGCUACUGGAGCCCAUAGUCUGCAUGUCGGACAUGCUGCGCUCUCUGUCCACCACCCGCCCCACAGUUAACACCGAAGACCUUCUCAAAGUCAAGAAGUUCACAGAGGACUUUGGGAUGGAGGGCUGAGAGACAGAGCCCCACGUCUCCCGCUCCAUCUCCAAGUCCAGCAGAAGGGUCAGACUGCUCCCAGUACCAACACUCCACCCCUCUCCUCUGCACCAUCCUGUAGGCUUUCAUCUUCAGCUGAGCACUUGGUUCACUGCCUCUCCUGGAUUUAUAACAUGGCGCCAGUCUGCAUCUUCGUGUCUCGUCCAGGCCCGGAUGUUUGAAUCCCUGGAGGACAUUGACCAAAUGCAGAAGUAGAAAAUCUCAGUGUGAUUUGGUAGCUGGACUGUAGACUUCCUCCCCUGUCGCCUCUGCGUUUUUCCCCACCCUUUACAGACUGUGCUCCGUUACAGCAUAUUCACUACAAGAACUGUUCAUCUGCGCCGCAUUUAAUGUGAGGAAAUGCAUAAAGUUUGUCCCACUGUGAGCCUGUCUCGUCUCCGACCGAAGGGCCGUACAUUCUGCUGCCGUCAUGCAACUCCCUUUGGUAUCGCCAUGAAGGACAGUGAAGAAGAAGCGAAAAGAAGACGUUAGUUGUUCUGCCAGGCAUGCGGAAGUGUGAAUGCAUUUAAGUGUUUUUAUUAAACUUGUUUCUGUUUAAAUGUUAUUUUGAUUAUUUAAGGCAGUUAAACCAAGUGAGCGUGUCUGGUUGAGGCCUGUAGCUCCGUGCUCGCAACAGUCUGAGUGAAGCAUUUACAUUACCAGAGAUGUGCUUGACUGGGAGCCAAGUGCAGCAGUUCCUCAAUCUGAAAAUACUAAGAGUGAUAAUUUAAAUGAGAUGGGGAAAAAAAUCAGUAUUUCCUGCUUUUCUCUGUCUUCUGUAACUUGAAUGUCUUUUAUUUUGAAAAGGAUGUACACUCUGGGAGAUGGAUGAUUGUCAUUGAAAAGCCAUUUGUUAACACAGCAUUUAAUCAACAUGAACAAAAAAGCAAUGAAUACUUUAAAAAAAAUAGAUUUUUAAGAAAGCCCAACUGCUGAUGAAUGGCUCUAUUUUUUUUCCUUAUUUUUUCUUUUCGAAGCGAAUAAACUGAUAGAUGAUGCAUCAACACUUCCUGUUUUGAAGCAGCAGUUGGUGGGAUUGGUAGCUUUUCUGGAGCAUUGGCUGUACAUAAAUGAUGGACAUGGCCACGGUGAUGUCAUUCAUUGGCUUUAGUCUUCACAUAUUGAAGCCCGAGUAUUAGCUGCUAAAAGUUUGUGGUGUUUUUGAAGACACAGCUGCAGCACCCAUAAGUUAAAAUCCAAUCAGGUGAAUAAAAAAAAUUUCACCUGCUAUAGAAACCAAAGCUUGUUUUCUGUAACUGGCCAUACUGGCGGUGCAUUUAGAGCGUGGCUCAAGUGGCCAUUAGUAAUGCAGUUUUUGGAUCUUUGCCAUUGGCUUCCUUUUUUUUUUGGCUGUGGUCAGUGAGGCUUGUUCUGGAGUUUUCAAACUAAAACAGCUACCGUGGGGCAAACAGUCACACUUUCACUUCAUGUUUAGGAGGCCGUUACGUGUGGAAGAAAGCGUCCUUUUGGUCUUUUCACUACUUUUCCUAGAAUACACCUAGUCUUAUUUAAACUGCGAAGUCCUUCUUUUAUGGAUGUUCUGUUUUUGAUGUUUGAGUUCGUGUUCUGGGUGUUUUCCACUCUUCAUUGAAAAUAUUCAAACUGAGCCGAUACAUGAGUGGGAGAAAUAUGCCACAAACUGCAGUGGAAAAUAAACAAUGUCUCAUUAAACAUGAAAAUUGAGGACAUCGGGUCUGUGGCACUUUAAGGAAACUAACCUCCCUCACUUGGUUUAACAGCACAAGCUAAUUAACGCCGACUGCAAUUAAUCCACUAAUAUUCACACGUUAGUGGAUUAAGAAUCAGUCAAGCACAUCUUUGUGUUGCCCUGCAUUCAUGGUCAAUCAGUGUUAUGGAACAUUAUUUAUAUAAAUUACUGGUCACGUGUGAUGUGUAACUAGUACAGCUACAGUAUGUUUAUUCUUUAUGUAUUAAUUUUCUGUGAUUCAUGAUGGAGCACCAGUGAGAGGCCUCCUGACCACCCCCCCCUUUAUUGGAGGCAAAUGUACAGAGUGCUCCUCCAGGGGCGAUGCUGCUGAACGUUUCAUUGCUGUUGUCCUAAUUUCAGCAGGGAGUUUAAGGAAAGCUGUCCUGCACAGACUCUGACCUCCUGCUGUUAUGGCAGGAUUGCAGGCGUGCCUGGUGGACUCACUGAUGGACUUCUGGAAGCUACAGUAGAAUCGCUGCGUGUUUGUGGAGGUACCUGUUGUUCAGGGGAGCUCAGUUAUUAACGUCCCUGUACGGGGAUUUAACCUGACGCUGGCCAUGUUAACAUUACUACUAAUUUAACCUGAAUAAAUAAAAACUGAAAUUUCAAAUGGAAAAAAAGA